GCGCCUGUUACUGAGAGUACGGGGAAUGUUUGCUUUCAAGUGUAAACCGGCCGGAAAGCAGUUUUACAAACCCGUCUUCCAUCGCUUUGUGAACGGCUGCGUGCAAUAACAUGGCAGCUGGUUCUGCAUCGCCACCCGGGUGGAUUCGCCCGUUUUCGUAGGCGCUCGGAAGUACGCAGGUGUCCACCCGUACUGCCUGGGCGAAGUGGAUUUGAGACAAUUGUAAAUUGAUGUAGCUUGCGCCGGUUCUGCCCUUGUUUUAUAUUAAUACUGCAAGCAGCUUCAGUGUUACGGUUCAGCGUGUUUAAAGAAAGAAGAAUGCAUUUUGCGGAUUUUGCAGCCGGGUCGAUCGGAGGAGCCCUAGGCGUGUUCGUGGGUUAUCCCUUGGAUACAGUCAAGGUGAGACUGCAGACCCAGAGACACUACAAGGGGGUAUGGCACUGCGUUCGCAGCACCUACAAGACAGAGAGACUCAGUGGCUUCUUCAAAGGCGUGUCCAUGCCUGUGUCCACGGUGUCGGUGAGCUCGUCCGUGGCGUUUGGCACCUACAGGAACUGCCUGCAGUGUAUACAGCAGUGCCGCUAUGGGAGUGGCGAUGCCAGGCCAGCUAAACUGGAUUUCUUUCUGUCUGGACUGGCAGCUGGCUUUGCACAGGUUGUGGUGAUGUCGCCUGCAGACGUAGUUAAAGUGCGGCUCCAGACUCAGACGCAGCCUGAGCACGCUGUGCAGGGCUCCACAGCGAACAUGAAAGUGAAAUACCAAGGUCCCCUGCACUGCAUGGCAACUAUCAUCAGGGAGGAGGGCGUCUUUGGGCUCUACAGGGGGGCCCAUGCAAUGAUGCUCAAAGAUGGGCCAUCGUUUGCUACCUUCUUUCUAACCUAUAAUAUCUUCUGUGAGUGGCUGACACCGGCUGGGCAAAAGCAACCAGAGUGGUCAGGGGUGCUCCUGGCUGGCGGCUGUGCGGGGAUGUGCGCCUGGGGUUUAGCCACCCCCAUGGAUGUGAUCAAGGCUCGGCUGCAGGCGGACGGCUUGGGGAAGAGAAGGUACAGCGGAGUGGUGAAUUGCAUCACGGAGAGCGCCAGGCAGGAAGGGGCCAGGGUCUUCUUCAAGGGGCUGGGUCUCAACUGCGCCCGCGCUUUCCCAGUUAACAUGGUGGUGUUCGCCACGUACGAGAUGGUGCUGAGACUAAUCCGAUAGCAAAACGCACACAUGAGGGGGGCUCUGCAUUGUUAUGAGACUGGAAUCGGCUGUUAUUUGAAAGCAAGGAAACUGCUUUUGUUGCAGCGCUUUCCAAAGUUGGGGACGAUUUAAUGCAAUGUUCCUUUGAGAAAUGAUUAAACACAGUAAGGUUUCAGAGUAUAACACUGCACUGAGAGAUUUCUGUGCAUCAAAAGCAUGGAUUUUGGGCACAAGGCAUGCAUGUUAAAAACCCACACAGGACUUCCCAUAGAAUCUUGUCUAUCACCUACCAGUGACAUUUCACAAAUAAUUCAGAACUGUGAAAUAUGCAGCUAAAGCCUUUGACUAAUCUGUCCUUGGUAUUUUAUUUAUUUAUUUCUAAAAGAGUUUGAAAAUAAUUGAAUUGUAUAAAGUGUGUUUGUAUUUA